CAAUCUCAUCUUGCAAUCCCACCAUCACCAUGACCACUGCUUUUGACAGACGGCGCAUUCCGGCGCCAGAAGACUCCUAUCCACCUGAACUCUCUCACUCCGGCAUAGAGGCGGGUCCAUCAAAUCAUGCAGCCAGAUCAAAGUCGACAAAACCCAUCUACCUCAAAGCUGGUCUCAUCAGUCAGGCCAAUGGCAGUGGCUAUAUCGAGAGUGGACGAGUGAAGAUAGCCUGUUCAGUGUACGGACCCCGGCCAAAGCAACCACCAUACUCUCCACAGGGUACCCUCAAUCUGGAAGUGAAAUUUGCUCCAUUUGCUUCUCAUUCCCGUCGAGCUCCUCUCAGGGAUACUGAGCCCGCAGCCCUUUCCUCUCUCAUCCACUCACACCUCCUCCCGGCGCUACAAUUGCAUUUGCUACCAAAGUCCGCACUGGACAUCCAGAUUCUGGUCAUCGAAUCGGACUCAGUGCCCAACGUUCUAUCUGCUGCUCUGACCGUCGCCUCCAUGGCUGUAGCAGAUGCUGGGAUACCGAUGAACGGUCUGGGCGUAGGCGUGAUGAUUGAUUCUGAAGGAUCGGGAGAUCGAAAUCAAUCGGACAUCGAGGUGCACGACUCGGGCGGCACGAUCUCUAUGGGAGUUAUGCCGGCUCUGGGGAGGAUCAGUGGGAUCUGGAUGACAGGGGAAAUGUCGUUGGAUCAAGCAUGUUCUCUGAUCGAUACAGGUGUUCAGGCUUCCAAGAGCACACACGCCAUUCUUGCGCAGUCUUUAAUCGCUAGAGCCGCUGAGCAGCUGUCAUCGUCCUCAUAGCAUAGCAUGGCAUGCGCUCCCUAUGCAUUCUGCACCUAAAUGACACGAUCCUGAUAGUCGUAUCUGAUAUUUUUGAUCGACCUAAAUUUUCCGUAUUCAACAC